UUAGCGAAGUAUGUUUGAGCCUUUUUUGCAAAAAGCCUCCCAUUCCAGUAGACAUGUUGGGGUUCCAUCAACACGUUGGGGUUGAUGUGUGUGUGAGGAUAAGAAAAAAACAGAAGCACCAUGCUACCUGAACAGGGCUUCCUGCUGCCAACAUGAGAGACAUUGCCCUGGGCUGUGAAGCAUGGUACAGAACCACACAACAAGUGGAUGAAGGGGAAAGGAAAAGGUGUCCUUGCUAGCUAGGAUAGCAACAUGGGAAAUACAACCACCAAAUUCCGCAAAGCUCUUAUAAAUGGAGAUGAGAACUUGGCCUGCCAAAUCUAUGAGAGCAACCCUCAACUAAAAGAAACUCUUGACCCUAAUACUUCUUAUGGAGAAACAUACCAGCACAAUACUCCACUCCAUUAUGCUGCUAGGCAUGGAAUGAACCGCAUACUGGGAACUUUUCUUUUUGUUAGAGAUGGGAACCCAAAUAAACGGAAUGUGCACAAUGAGACAUCUAUGCACUUACUGUGUAUGGGACCUCAGAUCAUGAUCUCAGAAGGAGCUCUUCAUCCUCGCCUGACACGACCCUCAGAAGAUGAUUGCAGAAGAGCAGAUUGUCUGCAAAUGAUCCUGAAGUGGAAGGGAGCAAAGUUGGAUGAAGGACAGUAUGAGCGAGCAGCCAUUGAUGCUGUUGAUAACAAAAAAAAUACACCCUUGCACUAUGCUGCUGCCUCAGGGAUGAAAACCUGUGUGGAGCUUCUAGUAAAACAUGGUGGAGACUUGUUUGCAGAAAAUGAAAAUAAAGAUACUCCAUGUGACUGUGCAGAGAAACAGCACCACAAAGAGCUGGCUCUUAACUUGGAAUCUCGAAUGGUAUUUUCACGUGAUCCUGAAGCUGAAAGCAUUGAAGCUGAAUAUGCUGCUUUAGACAAAAAAGAGCCCUACGAGGGUCUAAGACUACAGGACCUGCGAAGGCUUAAGGAUAUGCUGAUUGUGGAAUCUGCUGACAUGCUCCAAGCCCCACUCUUUACUGCAGAAGCUCUACUUCGGGCACAUGACUGGGACCGGGAGAAGUUACUUGAAGCAUGGAUGUCUAACCCAGAGAACUGCUGCCAGCGGUCAGGGGUGCAGAUGCCGACUCCCCCCCCCAGUGGAUACAACGCCUGGGAUACGCUCCCCUCGCCGCGAACUCCGCGCACCACUCGCUCUUCUGUAACUUCCCCUGAUGAAAUCAGCCCCUCACCAGGAGACAUUGAGACAGCUCUGUGUGACAUUUGUAUGUGUAAUAUUUCUGUGUUUGAAGACCCAGUGGAUAUGCCUUGUGGACAUGACUUCUGCAGAGCUUGCUGGGAGGCAUUUUUGAAUCUGAAAAUUCAAGAGGGUGAAGCUCACAACAUUUUUUGCCCAGCAUAUGAUUGUUUCCAGCUUGUGCCUGUAGACGUCAUAGAAAGUGUGGUUUCCAAGGAGAUGGACAAAAGAUACCUUCAAUUUGACAUUAAGGCCUUUGUUGAAAAUAAUCCUGCUAUUAAAUGGUGUCCUAUCCCAGGCUGUGAAAGAGCAGUGAGGCUAACAAGACAAGGAUCAAAUUCAACAGGAUCAGAUACACUUAGCUUCCCUAUGCUAAAAGCCCCUGCUGUAGAUUGUGGAAAAGGACAUCUUUUCUGCUGGGAAUGUCUUGGUGAAGCGCACGAACCUUGUGACUGCCAAACCUGGAAGGACUGGCUACAGAAAAUAUCUGAAAUGAAACCAGAAGAACUGGUGGGAGUGAGUGAGGCGUACGAAGAUGCUGCCAACUGCCUGUGGUUGCUAACCAACUCCAAACCAUGCGCCAACUGCAAAUCUCCAAUUCAGAAGAAUGAGGGGUGCAACCACAUGCAAUGUGCAAAAUGCAAAUAUGACUUUUGCUGGAUAUGCUUAGAAGAAUGGAAGAAGCACAGUUCUUCCACUGGAGGCUACUACAGAUGCACUCGCUAUGAGGUUAUUCAGCAUGUAGAGGAGCAGUCCAAGGAGAUGACAGUGGAGGCUGAAAAGAAGCAUAGAAGAUUUCAAGAACUUGAUAGGUUUAUGCACUAUUACACAAGAUUUAAGAACCAUGAACUUAGCUACCAGUUAGAACAGCGCCUUUUGAAAACAGCCAAAGAAAAGAUGGAGCAGUUGAGUAGAGCUCUCAGUGGAACUGAAGGAGGUUGUCCUGACACCACAUUCAUUGAAGAUGCAGUACAGGAGCUUCUAAAAACUCGCCGCAUUCUUAAGUGUUCUUAUCCAUAUGGAUUCUUUUUGGAGCCUAAAAGCACAAAGAAAGAAAUAUUUGAACUUAUGCAGACAGACCUAGAAAUGGUCACUGAAGACCUUGCACAGAAGGUGAACAGGCCUUACCUACGGACUCCUCGCCAUAAAAUCAUCCGUGCAGCUUGUCUGGUACAGCAGAAGCGUCAGGAGUUCCUGGCCUCUGUGGCCCGGGGUGUUGCACCUGCAGACUCACCAGAGGCACCCAGGCGCAGCUUUGCUGGUGGAACAUGGGAUUGGGAAUAUUUAGGAUUUGCAUCCCCCGAGGAAUAUGCUGAAUUUCAGUAUCGGAGGAGGCACAGGCAACGUCGGCGUGGAGACAUACACAGCCUGCUGAGUAAUACUCCAGAUCCUGAUGACCCCAGUGAGAGUACAUUAGACACUCAGGAAGGUGGCAGUAGUAGAAGACAUGGCACCUCCAUGGUGAGUUCAGCUUCUAUGGGUAUUCUGCACAGCUCUUCGCUUCAUGACUAUACCCCUGUCAGUCGCUCUGAAAACCAGGAUUCUCUUCAGGCUCUGAGUUCUUUGGAUGAAGAUGACCCAAACAUCCUGCUAGCUAUUCAGUUAUCUUUGCAAGAAUCUGGCUUGGCCAUAGAUGAAGAAACAAGAGACUUUCUAAAUAAUGAGGCAUCUUUAGGAGCAAUAGGUACCUCUUUACCAACAAGAUUGGACCCUGCUCCCAUAAGCAUAGAUAACCCAAGAGGCGCUUUGAGCAGCUCUGAGCUGUUAGAACGUGGUGACAACCUGAUGAGACUGGGUGGAGGCAGUGACCCUUUUUCAGCUGAUCAUCUUCAUUCACACCCCUGCAAUGAUACAAGAAGUGGAUUAUACUCAACAUCCAGUGAUGCUGAUUCCAGCAGUCAAGAUCCCAAUACCAAUGAAAAUCUACUUGGAAAUAUUAUGGCCUGGUUUCAUGACAUGAACCCACAGAGUAUUGCUCUGAUCCCCUCAACAAGUACAGAAACAGAUGAGGAUUCACAGCAACCCAGUACUGAAGAUGGGUCAGCAGGGCAAGCAAAUCUCACAGACACAGGGCUGGAGCCUCAGGAGGAGCAUGCACUGUUUGAGGAUGCACUCAAAAAUGAAGGCAGAGGAACCCAAUCAGAGGAAAUCACUUCUGAAGAAAACAUUAUUCCAGGUGAAAUGGUAUCAUCAGGUGGUGAUAAUAACAGGGAGGUAACGAGUACCCUGGAUGCUUCAGGAGAUACUUCAAGUCAGACUCCUCAGACCUCAAGUGAGUGGAUUGAACGUGUGCAUCUGGUAUGAACAAAAACUAAAUCUGGAGUAAAUGAGUGGUGGUGACAGAUGGUACAGUGUGUGGAGUAAGCAUUAUGGAGGCUUUGAUCCACAUAAUUACAGCUCAGUUGUAACCACUGACGUAACAACGGAUAUUUAGGAGUUCUCUUGAAUUGUAGUUCUUUGUAAUAAUGUGAACCUUUCAAGGAAUAUCCUUUGCAUUUAAUUAGGUAGUACUUGCCUUUUUGCUCUCAAGAAAAAGGAAUAAGUAGGCUGUAUUCCACAUUCCUAAUAUAAUGCAGCAUCUGUUUAGCCUUAGGUUGACGAUCCAUAACUUGAAAGUACGGAUUAAAGGCUUAACACUGAUUAUUUUGGUUGGUUUUCCUAAGAAAUAGUUUAUUCCAUUUUUUUAGAACUCAUUCUUUCACCAAAAUAACAUUUAGCAAUUUAUUUGGGUUUGUUUUCCAUAACUUUUCCUUAGUAAUUUUUAAUUUUUGUUAGCAGUGUGAACGGAGGUAUUUAACGAUUCUCUUUAGUACUGCUCCAGGAACAAGUUUUAGGGGAUAUUCUUUCCCAUUAAAAUCAAAGACUUUUUCAUGUCUAUUUCAGUCCAAAUGUGCCAAACUGUGAAUAGUUAGCUGGCAGUAGCCUAAUGAAACAGUGCAGUGUUACUCUAUCAAACUAAUCCCACAAUUCUUAGCCUUGAAAGAAACCACUGGGUAGCAUUGCUUCUCUAAAUUUAAACUGGCAUGUGUUGCCACGGUGACUGCAUUUAAUUAAAUGUAGCCUGUAUCUUAAGUUAAUAAAACCUAAUGCUGCUGUUAAACAGUUAUUUUAAAUACUAAAAUACAGUGAGUUAGCAACAGCUAUGCUGUAUUUUAAGAGACACUUUAAUGGAAGUGCAAUCAUAGUUCUUUGUUUUCAUAAUUCUACAAAGCAUUCUAUGCACUAAUAGUGCAAUUACUUUUAAUGAUAGCAUUUUAUAAAAAUAUAGGAAUACAGAAUUUUCGUAUAUUAGCCAGUCCCACAAUUAAAGUUCAGAUAACACAUUCUGCUCAACAUGUUACGGUGCCUUUGCCUAACCCAACUGGAUAGUUGCCACAGUUAAAGAUCUAAUUCAAAUUCAGUGUCUGUUCUGGAGUAACUAUGCUAUUAAUUGCAAAAACCUCCAUAAAACCACCCAUGGCCUUGCCUUUACAGUAAAUAACUAAAUGUUCAGUCAGUGUUUUUGCAUAAACAAAACACUGCUAGGUAUUUGUUCAAUCGCAUAAUAUUCAGUUGCUGUGUGGUUACUGUUUAGUGUAAAAAAAAUUUAAAAUAAAAAAUAAAUUAAAAAAAAAAAACCAAACACAAAAACCCCUUUUCCUAGUUGUUGUACCGUGAAAAAAAAUACUGGUUUUAGAUUCGCUUAAAAGCAUCAAUCUACACUUAGUGAGAUGCAAUGGUACCGUAUGUAACUACAACUAGAGUAAGUUGUUGAAAUGGCUGUUUUAAUUACAUAUAAUCAAAACGUGUCAUAACAUGAGCAAAUUACAUACACUCCAUUUUAAGUUUUUGCUUAACCGUUACCAGAGAUUUGUUGAUAUGAUAUAAAAGUUUAUUACUACUGAGUGUGUAUAGGCAAGUGUCAUGAUAGCAAAGUUUAUGUAUUGAUUACUGUGAGUUCAAGUGAGUGUUUUGGUAACUAAUUCAUGCAAAUCCAGCUUUUGAACCUUGCAUUCACAAGGUUUGUAUUAGUGAAAAAAUAACUAAGAGUAUUUUACCCCAUAAAAACGUAGUUCAUUUUGCAAGCAUCUUUAGACAGAAUGGACUAGAACAGUCUCAAACCAUUUUCAAACUUUUCCUCUAGCCACCUGACUCCUGACAUAGUCAUGAACAUCUUUGGAAAUAAUUGACAUAAUCAUGGACAUCUUUGGAAAAUACCUACUUUAAAUUUUUCUGUGGUAUAAAAUCCUUCAACUGAAACAGUUCUUCAUGAACUGUCACCAUUAAUUGGUCUGAAAGUUGUUUAACUCACGUAACUUCCUUGAAUUGUAAUUUCUGAAUAGAAAGAUCCUUACAAACAGAUUGUGUAUUGCAAUGAGAUGUCUUGCAAAGUUACAGUAAGGUAUGUAAGAGUGCUCUCUGUGAAGAUAGUGAAGUUUGUGGGUUCUGUUUUUUUGUAAUUUGGUUAGGUUGUGCAGUAUAUCCAUUGUUUCUGUGUUACUCUUAUGAGCAUGAAAUUAGCCUAUUAAAUUUGUAUUUUCUUGGUACUUAUUUUAACACCAUAGUCAUUGACUUUACAAUUCAAAAAUAAAGUUUGGCAAGACUAUUUUGUAAACCUGUUAAUUUUAUAAUGUAAAAAGAUUACUCUAACCUUGAAUUGUUAUUUGCACUUUCAUAGUCUAUACUUGAUACAUUCCCACUUUAUAUACAAGUAGGAUACUACAACCAUGUAGAUGUUUGGCCAAAUGAAUGCUGUUAAUAAUAUGUAAAAUUCUUUGAUUAAACAUUUAUUACUUAAACUAA